AUGCUCCGCGCGCACGGCAGGCGUCCCCUUAAUGCCCUGAUUAACAUGCGCCUGCCCCUCCGUACGCCCCCCGCGCUCUUCCGUGCUCUCGCCGGCCCGCCUGCCAUUACCUCUUACUGCGCGCCAUCCGUAUCCCCCCUGGCCUCGUCGUACCCCAUCGCGCACGCCGCUUCUCCCCGCGCCCGCUCCAGUCAUCCAUCCGCCAUCGCUGCGGCUGCGCCGCCACGCGCUCUCGCGCCGCCCGCUGAUCUGUUGACGUUCCUCCCCGUGCCCCUUCCCGCGCCCCUUCCCGCCUUCCCCCUCUCCCCCCCCUUCCCCCCUCCUCCUCCCCUUCCCCUCCUCCCGUCCGCGCGCCUGCGGUUGACCGACGGCACCGCGCCCAACACGCUGCUCCUCGCCAACGUCGCCGUGGCGGACAACGAUGCAGUGGCGCCCAGUCUCCUGGCGGACUUUGAGGAGGACGAUCCGUCGGCACUGGUGGGCGUGCUGAAGGUGGUGCACCACCCGGGCGAGGUGAACCGCAUCCGCGAGCUGCCGCAGUUCCCACAGAUCCUCGCCACGCACACGGACGCGAGGGACGUGUUCAUCUGGAACAUGGAGUCGCAGGACGACCGCAGGAACGAUGCCAAGGGGACGGGGGGGCCAGUGACAAGCCGUCUGUGCCUGACCUGGUGGGUGGGCACGCCUGUGCUGCGGGGGCACACGGACGUGGCGCAGUUUGCACUGGCAACAGCAGCGAGCGACCCGUUUGUGCUGAGCGGGGGCACGGACCGACACGUGGUGCUGUGGGGGCUGCAGGACCACGUCUCCAAGGCCAGCACCGACGACUCAUCGGAGCUGGCAGCGCCGGUGCUGCACUGCAGGGAGACGUUCACGGGGCACCGCGCGACGGUGGAGGACGUGCAGUUCUGCCCCAGCGACGCGCGCAUGUUCUGCUCCGUGGGGGACGACUACUGCCUGCUGCUCUGGGACACGCGCCACGGCACCACGCCCGUCAACAAGGUGGAGCGAGCACACAACGCGGAUCUGCACUGUGUGGACUGGUCGCGCCUGGACGACAGCUACAUCUUGACAGGCUCCGCCGACCACUCCGUGCGCCUGUUUGACCGCCGCAAGCUGCCCACGGCGGGCCACUGCACGCCCGUGCACACCUUCAAGCACCACCUCGACGCCGUCACCUGCGUGCAGUGGCACCCAUCAGCGCGGGGGGUCUUUGCGAGUGCGGGGGACGACGGGCUCAUCCAGGUGACAGACGCAUCACACCUCAUGGGGGGAGCAGGCGACAAGGCUGGGGGGGGCGGAGCGCAGGGCCGGCAGAUGAACAUGUUCCAGCACCUGGGCCACCGGGAGAAGGUGUGUGAGUUCCACUGGAACCCCCAUCGGCCGUGGACGGUGGUCAGCACUUCCAUUGACUCGGGCCGGAUAGGAGGCGGCACCCUGCAGGUGUGGCGUAUGCAUGACCUUUUCCAUCUUCCAGAAGAGGCUGCACAGAAGAAACUCGAAGGCAUAAUUGGCUCGACUCAAAGCAAAAAGUAA